CUGUUAGCACAAUUCAACCAUUCCCCAUAGCUGAAUCACAGUAAAAAAGAGCAAUGGCAACAUCUUCUGCUCUUCUCCUCUUCUGCAAUCUCGCAUUCGUCGUCCUUCUCGCAUCGAUUGCCGCUCAGUCCCCGCGCAUCGCAGCCGCUGAUUCCGGGCUAGUCGACAAGGUCUGCAAGCAAACGCCCGAUUACAAAUUUUGCAGCGAUGCCCUGAACUCUGAUCCGCGCACGCCGGGCGCUGAUCAGAUCACGCUAGCCCGUGUAGCCUUCAGCUUGGCGAAUAGUAAGGCUUCGAGCACCCAGGGCCAGAUAACUUCGCUGCUAAGUAACUCGACCGGCCCUGUGCACCAGCACCUUGAGCAAUGCCAGGGAGAUUACGCGACGGCCGGCGCGAAGAUUCAGGAGGCUUUAACUAACUUGGACUCCGAGACCUAUGCCGGAUUGGACGUCUUGGCAACUAAGGCGGGCGACGCGGCGGACGACUGUGAAUCGGCCUUUAAGGGGACGGAAUCGCCGCUGACCGAAAGCAACAAGGUUCUUAAGGGGCUUUCAGAGAUUUGUGUUGCUGUUGCACAUCUAUUUUCUUAA